AUGGAUCGAAGUUGGAUGAACGCAUCACGUAUAACUGAAGAGUACGAGAAUGGUGUUGAAGAGUUUUUGCUGUUUGCUCAAAGUAAAGCGCAACCUAUGUGGGGAAAAUUUUUUUGUCCAUGUGUGAAGUGUGGAAAUGGGAGGCACCAAACAAUUGAUGACAUAAGAACUCAUCUUAUUUGUGAGGGAAUAAUUCGUAGCUACACAAAGUGGAUAUGGCAUGGGGAAUCCCUCGAUACAGCUGACAUGUCACAGGCUGACGAUGUUACUACAGACAACGGAAAUCCUAUAGAAGAAAUGAUUCGCGAUCUUGGGCAAGAGGGGUUUGAAGAGGCACAUGCAGCGUUGUAUGACAACAUAGAAGUUGAUUCAAAAAUGCCUUUGUAUUCCGGCUGCAUAUCUUUCACAAAAUUGUCAGCUGUGUUAGCUCUGGUUAACUUGAAGGCUCGAUUUGGGUGGAGUGACAAGAGUUUUAGUGAGUUGCUGAUGUUGUUGACAAACAUCCUUCCUGCUGAUAACGUCUUGCCAAAGAAUCACUACCAAGCAAAGAAGAUUUUAUGUCCAGUUGGGAUGCAGUACGAAAAAAUUCAUGCAUGUUGUAAUGACUGCAUUUUGUACAGAGAUGAUUUUGCUGAACUAGAUUACUGCCCUGUGUAUGGGGUUUCUCGGUACAGACCGACCAACGGAGAUUCUACUGUACUAGUCUCAGACGCCGACCACCGUCCAGCAAAGGUGUGUUGGUAUCUCCCAAUAAUACCAAGGUUUAAGCGGUUGUUUGCUAAUGGGGAAGAUGCAAAGAACCUUAUAUGGCAUGCAAAUACCAGAAAAUCAGAUGGAUUGAUGCGACAUCCUACAGAUAGCCCGCAAUGGAAGGCAAUUGAUCGUCUGUAUCCUGAAUUUGGGGCCAAGCCUAGAAAUUUAAGGCUUGGUCUUGCAACGGAACGAAUGAACCCAUUUGGAACCUUAACUACUAACCAUAGCUCGUGGCCCGUUUUUCUGUUCAUUUAUAAUCUCCCUCCGUGGUUGUGCAUGAAGCGAAAGUAUGUUAUGCUGAGUAUGAUGAUAGCUGGUCCAAGACAACCAGGUAAUGAUAUUGACGUAUAUCUAAGACCGUUAAUUGACGAUUUGCGGAAAUUGUGGGAUGAAGGGGUUGAUGUAUAG